AUGGCAUUCGGUAGAACCGGCGAUUCGUCACAAGGCAUUCAAUCUGCAGCUACGCGCGACCUAGCCGUCAAGGGAUGGACAAGUUCAAAACUAGCAUCCACACCCGACCAGGGCGUCGCCUCGCUGUUGGUAUUUCUCCGCAAGAAAUCUGGGGAUCGCCAAAUAUUGUCAAGUAAAGUCGUCGGUCGCGCCAACAAUGUCCUCAUUAUCACCGUCUAUGAAAACGACAAAGAUCGAUUUUACCAUUUAAACAAUUUCCAGUGGGCUGGCAGCACUCUCACCGUCGAAGACUCGAGACCUCCACCCAAUCGAUUUCAGCAAAAUCAACCACAUGACCGGUCUCAAAGUCAUCAACCCUCAUCUCAGCAAUCUCAACCAUCUAGAGGCGCUUUUGGCCAGAAUGGCACAACACCACAUGGUCGUCACCACCAGCCGCUCAUCGGGCCUCGAGGAGGCGGAAUCGCUCAAUACAACCAACCUCGAACUCCUCGUUUCGGUGCGCAAGACACCAAAAAUGAUUCGCUUACAAACGAAGUGGAAAAUACCAUGAUCUCCGUCCUACGCAGACGCUACGACCCUUCCCUCAAACUCCUAAGUCUCAACGCCCUCGGUUCCGACGAAGAACUCCUACAAAUUCCCGGCAUAGUCGGCUCAGAUCCAGCCAAAGUCUUCGAGGCCAUCUUUACCAUCUGCAAAACCAAAAUUUUCGAGACCCCCAGCAAACGUGACGAGUCGGUCCAGAGCAUUACACUGAGCGAUAACGGGUUUGAAUCUGUCGAACAGAUCAUGUCCCUGUCGAGAACAUUUCCGCGCCUCCGAAAUCUCGACCUCGGGCACAAUAAACUCGCAAACAUGGAUUCGUUGAAGUUUUGGAAAAAUCAAUUCCGAGACCUGGAGCAUUUGAUCCUGCAGGGCAAUCCCGUCAACGAACUCCCGGACACAUUAUCGACACUACAGCAGUGGUAUCCCAAGCUUAAAUUGUUCAACAACCUCCCCGUCGGCAAUCGGUCGACAACCCCAAGUGUGCAGCAGCCGCCCUUCCAAGCACCGUCCCAGGUGGUACCGGUACCGGCCGCCCGUCCUCAGCACCCCGAAAUACCGGCAGACUCUUUAUUCGGCGUUCCCCAAGCAGACAAGCCUGCGGAAAUACUUGAGCGCGAGAAGAUGGGCCUACAGUUUAGUUUCGAGACGAAACUGCGGCUGGCCGCCGUGGAGGAGUGCCUGGCGGCCAACAACUGGAACUACGCUUUAGCCAUGAAAAACUUCAUGGAGCUCAAAGCGCAAGGCGCCAUCCCGGCGGAGAAGUUUAUACCUGGCGUUUAG